CUAGCUAGGUUGAGGUUGUGAAGUUUGUGAGCCAUGGCUAAGAUUGCCUUAGGAAACGGCAGUGAGGCCCUGCAGUCUGACUGCAUCCAAGCACUCAUUGUUGAGUUCAUUUGCACCUUCCUCUUUGUUUUCACCGGAGUUGGAGCCGCAAUGGCUACCGACCAACUACAAGGGAACGCACUAGUUGGCUUAUUUUUUGUUGCCAUGGCACAUGCGUUGGUAGUGGCCGUGAUGAUCUCUGCUGGAUUGCGAAUUUCCGGGGCUCAUCUCAACCCCGCCGUCACCCUUGGCCUCCUCAUGGGUGGCCAUAUCACUGUUAUCCGAUCAUUCCUCUAUCUCAUCGAUCAAUUAUUAGCUUCUGUUGCUGCUUGUGCCUUGCUCACUUACCUCACUGGAGGACUGACAACUCCAGCACAUACCCUAGCUAGUGGAGUGGGGUACGGACAAGGAGUUAUAAUGGAGAUCAUUUUGACAUUUUCCCUACUUUUCACUGUGUAUGCUACUAUUGUGGACCCCAAGAAGGGGAAUCUUGAUGGGCUGGGCCCACUCCUAACUGGGCUUGUGGUGGGAGCAAACAUCAUGGCUGGUGGCUCAUUCUCUGGGGCCUCCAUGAACCCAGCAAGAUCUUUCGGGCCUGCUUUGGUCAGUGGAAACUGGACCGAUCACUGGGUAUAUUGGGUUGGGCCGCUCAUUGGAGGUGGGCUUGCGGGCUUUAUUUAUGAGACCUUUUUCAUAGUUAGGACCCAUGUUCCUAUUGCAACUCAGGAAGCCUUUUAAGCCUUUCUUUCAACUUUCAAUUAUGUAUCUCCUCUUUCUGCACUGAGAUCCAUGGUAUAUGUGUUUCCUAUGUAUUUUCUUUUCAUCUAGUUAAUUAAAUAAAAGAUUUCAUCUUUAUUUAUA